CAGAGACUGUCAUGUGAUUUCAAUUGUAUCUAUUUAUGUUUUGUAUUUAGCGACAGGAAAGACGUCAAUGCAGAUUUAGUGUGGCCGAUGUGGAAAAAUCGCGACAACGAACCAGGAAAUUCAGCAAAAAUUUAAAGCACUUUGGCUAGAGGAAAGACUUCAAUAAUGAAGACCUUGUUGGUUUUCCAAAUUUUCGUGUCGGCUGCUUUCGGCUGGAGGGUUUUCCACCUUGGAAAGUUCUGGGGGCCUAAGACGCCCGUGCAACCUGCGUCGUCAUUCCCAGACCUAUGGUUUGACCAAAAACUGGACCAUUUUGACCCAACAAACUCUGAAACAUGGAAACAGCGCUACUUUGUGAACGACAAUUACUAUGAAAAGGGCGGCCCGGUUUUCCUUAUGAUUGGAGGCGAGGGCAAAGCUGACCCCAUCUGGAUGGAGCAGGGCAUGUGGGUCGAGUACGCCAAACAGUUCAAAGCACUCUGCUUCCAAGUGGAACACCGAUUUUAUGGAAAAAGUCAUCCAACAAAGGACAUGAGCGUGAAAAAUUUGGUGUAUUUGAGCAGCGAGCAGGCGUUGGCGGAUUUGUCGUUUUUCAUCAGGAGCAUGAACAAAAAAUAUUCACUGUCCAAAAGGGUGCAGUGGGUGACCUUUGGGGGUUCCUACCCUGGCUCACUGUCGGCGUGGAUGAGGCUCAAGUAUCCACAUUUGGUGCACGCCGCUGUUUCUGCAAGUGGACCUCUUUUGGCCGUUGCUGAUUUCAGUGAAUACAUGAGGGUGGUGCGAGAUUCCUUGGCAACACACAGUGAAGAGUGCGUGACCUCUGUUCAAGAGGCCAACAGACAACUGGACAUUUUGCUCAGACACAGAAUCGGUCAACAAAAAGUAGACAAAUUAUUCAAUUUGUGUGACACGGUGGUGGACGUGUCAAAGAACGACAUUUCAAACCUUUACGAGAACUUGGCCGGCAACUUCGCGGGGGUCGUGCAGUAUAACAAGGACAAUCGGCUGUUUGAAGGCGCCAAGGACGCCAACAUCACGAUCGACGUCGUCUGCGAUGUCAUGACCAACAGCAGCAUCGGCUCGGCCAUCACCAGGUACGCUGCGGUCAACGACCUUUUGCUCAAGACCUACGAGCAAAAGUGCCUGGACUACAAAUACGACAACAUGAUCAAGGGCUAUCAAAAUGUCUCUUGGGAUUCUUCAACUGCCGCUGGAGGUCGUCAGUGGAUGUACCAAACGUGCACCGAGUUUGGUUUCUACCAGACCUCAACGCAGCCGACCCAACCUUUCGGAAAUCAAUUCCCGCUCGAUUUCUUCAUCCAGCAGUGCUCUGACAUUUAUGGCCCCAGGUACAACAAGGAGCUGCUGUCGAGUGGCAUUUUGCGGACGAACGUGAUGUACGGUGCCCUGCAGGUGGAAGUGAAUCGCGUUGUCUUCGUGCACGGCUCGAUCGACCCGUGGCACGCCCUGGGCAUCACCAAAUCGGACAACAAUGACGCGCCCGCCAUAUACAUAAAUGGAACCGCUCACUGCGCCAACAUGUACCCCGAGUCGAGUGCUGACCCGCCGCAGUUGACUGCUGCGCGGCACAGUAUCACCGGCCUGCUGGCCCAGUGGCUUCAACCUUCAUCCAGGUCUGUGCGCUUCCGUCCCAUGUAACUCCAACAAGAGUGAAAGUCCUGCUCUUUUUCAUGAAUUUUAUCGGUAGUCUUUUUAUGGUAAAACAUCUUAUGAUUUUCUCACAAUAAUAUUAAAAUACAGAUCUGAAGGGGAUUAGCGUCUUGGGCGAUUCGCAGCUCGUGGGAUUUGAAAAGAGCAUUAUUUUAUUGUCUUCGGUAUUUUUUAUGAUGGCACUUUCACGCGUUACUCUCUCAGCUUUUUGCUUGUAAUUCGAUUAUGCUUUAAGGGCAAAUCGUGGUUUGUCCCAUAGCAAAGGCGAAAGUGAAAUUUUUAAGCUCUCUGUUGUAAAACAAUAAAAAUAUAUUAUUAUUUUUCAGAAA